GAGCGGGCGGAGGGGCCCACCCCGGGAGGCUCGGCUGUCGGGGUGCGGUCCUGGAAAGCGAACUCUGGUUCCGCUGUCGUGCACGCAGUCGCACGCGCUGUCGCACUCUCCUUUGCUUCUACUUCUCUCGGCCGACGGGCCUGCGGAGCGGGGGUCUCUGGUCGCGUGCGUGGUGGCAGAGCGCGAUGAGGCGUGCGGUGCUUCGGCUUUGCACCUUGAGCAAGGGCCUGCUUACUCCUGGCAGAGGACUGACUCAAGGAUCCCAGAAUCCUGAAAAUCAGAGAGUCUUCCACAUUCAUGAAGCAUGUUCACCUAUACACGUGAAUCAUGUUCGAGAUAAGUUGCGGGAGAUAGUAGGAGCAUCCACAAACUGGAGAGACCACGUGAAAGCAAUGGAAGAAAGAAAAUUACUCCAGAGUUUUUUGGCUAAGUCACAGGAAGAACUGCCGCCUCGGAGAAUGAAAGACAGUUAUGUUGAAGUUCUCUUGCCUUUGGGCAGUCAGCCUGAAUUACGAGAGAAAUAUCUGACUGUUCAAAAUGCCAUAAGAUUUGGCAGGAUUCUUGAGGAUCUUGACAGCUUAGGAGUUCUUAUUUGCUACAUGCAUACCAAAAUGCAUUCGACUAAGAUGUCUCCUUUAUCAAUAGUUACAGCUCUGGUGGACAAGAUUGAUAUGCAUAAGAAGUGCCUAAGCCCAGAACAGGACAUCAAGUUCUGUGGCCACGUUAGCUGGGUUGGGAAGACAUCUAUGGAAGUGAAGAUGCAAAUGUUCCAGUUACAUGGCAAUGAAUUUUGUCCUGUUUUGGAAGCAACAUUUGUAAUGGUGGCUCGUGAUUCUGAAAAUAAACGGUCGGCAUUUGUAAAUCCACUCAUCCCUGAAGGCCCCGAGGAAGAAGAGCUCUUUAGACAAGGAGAAUUCAAUAAGGGGAGAAGGGUGGCCUUUAGCUCCGCAUCAUUACUGAAAAUGGCUCCCAGUGCUGAAGAGAGGAUGACCAUACACGAGAUGUUUCUUAACACGCUGGAUCCAAAGACUAUAAGUUUUCGAAGUCGAGUCUUGCCCCGUAAUGCAGUGUGGAUGGAGAAUUCAAAACUGAAGAGCUUGGAAAUUUGCCACCCUCAGGAGAGGAACAUUUUCAAUCGGAUCUUUGGUGGUUUCCUCAUGAGGAAAGCAUAUGAACUUGGAUGGGCUACUGCUUGUAACUUUGGUGGUUCCCGACCAUUUGUAGUAGCAGUGGAUGAUAUCAUGUUUCAGAAACCUGUUGAGGUCGGAUCCUUGCUGUUCCUUUCUUCCCAGGUUUGCUAUACUCAAGGCAAUUACAUUCAAGUCAGAGUCCACAGUGAAGUGGCCACCCUGCAAAAUAAAGAGCAUACAACCACCAAUGUCUUUCAUUUCACGUUCAUGUCGGAGAAAGAAGUGCCCCUGGUUUUCCCCAGAACAUACGGAGAGUCCAUGUUGUAUUUAGAUGGGCAGCGGCAUUUUAACUCCAUGAGUGCACCGGUGGCCUUGAGAAAUGACUACCUUGUGGAGCCGUAGGGAAACCCACGCUUGGUGAAGACCAGCCUUUCUCAGUGACAUAGAGCCUAAUGAAGGCCUCAUCAUGUGUAUUGGUUUUAGUGUUUAUGCUCAUUCUCCACAGAGAGAAAGAAUGUGUUCCACUUUUUAGGGUGAUUACAAAAGCAGAGUGAGAGAGUGGCGGGGUGGGGCAGAGAGAGAGAAUUAUUAAAUAAUAAACACUUUCAAAACAA